UUUUCUGCGCCGUCGUCAUAUGUUUGGAACAGUCCUCAGAUCUUCAUUUAUUAAAGGAGCGUGUUAAGCGCAUCUUUUACCAUUCCUACGAUAAUUAUCUCCAGCAUGCCUACCCUUAUGAUGAGUUACGGCCGUUAACUUGUGAUGGACAGGAUACUUGGGGAAGCUUUUCACUUACGCUUGUUGAUUCUUUGGACACUCUUGUAGUGUUGGGCAACUUCACUGAAUUUAGGCGUGCCGUUGAACUGCUUCUGGAAAAUUUAGAUCCAAACAAAAAUGUGAACGUAUCAGUUUUCGAGACUAAUAUAAGAGGUAUGCUGUAUUGUUUUUCACUGUCAAGGUUUCAGUGGUCGGUGGUCUACUAUCUGCUCAUCUUCUUGCCAAGAGGGCUGGGUUGGAUACAGAGCCUGGAUGGCCGUGCCACGGAAGACUGUUGGACCUCGCGGAACGGUGAUCUCCGUUACGAAAAGGCGGCCUUGCGAGCUCUGCGCGCUCUCUGGUCUCACCGAUCACCUCUAGGUCUCAUUGGUAACCAUAUAAACGUUCUAACGGGCGAGUGGGUUGGAAGCGAGGCCACCAUAGGAGCCGGCGUGGACUCAUAUUUUGAGUACCUCUUGAAGGGCGCAAUCAUGUUUCGCCUUCCAGAACUUGACGCCAUGUUCCGAGACUACCGCGAGAUUAUACGAAAACAUAUGAAGUUCGGUUCUUGGCACUAUAUGGUUUCAAUGAAGCAAGGCAGUGUAACAAGUCCACUGUUUCAGAGUCUGGAAGCAUUCUGGCCUGGCGUUUUGGCUCUAGCUGGGGAUAUUGAAGAGGCCAAAGAGUCCCUUUUGCAGUAUCAUCAAGUCUGGAAGAAGUACGGAUUUCUUCCAGAAAUGUACGACAUCAAUUCGGGUAGACCGGUGUCAGGCAGAUCUGCUUAUCCCCUUCGACCAGGUGUGUAUUCUUAUUUGUACUUCUAUUUGUAA